CCAGCAGUGGCGGCAGUCGGUGCAUGACGGUCGUAGCGCGCGGUUGGUCGCGCUCGAGCGCGGCAACAUGUCGCGCCCCCCUGUGUUACUAGUGUUUUCGUUGCUCCUCGCAUUCACCACUGCUUCAGCCGAUCACCAGCCGAGCUUGUGCGAGAGAGAAUUCUGUAAUUGUACCCCCGCGAGACACCCCAACUGGAUGGUCGUGAACUGCACUGUGCCGAAUACUCAGAAACUGGACAUAUACGAGGGAGACCUCCCCGAGACCACAACAGAUCUGAUAGUGACUGGAGCGGAGGCAGUAAUGAUCAACGCGAAUGCUUUAUCUCGCCUUAGCGACGCAAGGCUCGUCCAUAUCUCAGACACAAAAGCUGUCGUUCUGAGGAAGUUUUCUGCUAUGCAAAUGAAUAUCGUCAACCUGUAUCUCGACAUAAGCAAGUGCAACGUCCUGCGCAUUGAAGAGCGAAGUUUUGUCAAUAUAAAAGGUCCGUUAUCAGUUACGCUAAAAGACUGCCAACACGUUUCGAUCGAGAGCGAAGCUUUCUCUUGGCUACUGUCAAUAAACAUUGAUAACGUGGGCCAGCUACAAUUGGGAAGUGGAUCUUUCAUGCUAGAUCCCACUGCGGCUAAUGUUGGAGAACAUGGCCCCGGAAUGACGAUCAAGAUGAAGGACUUGGUUGUGCCCGAAUUUCCUGGACAAACUUUUGGUUCCUCGGCCGCAUUAAUAUCUAUGGAAGGAGUGCAAGUCAGAGCCAUCCGCCCUGAAGCAUUUUCUGCGAACACCUACAAUAUUGUAUUGGCCAUGAAUUGUUCAUUUCACCUGAUCGAAGGAGACUCGUUCACACAAAAGUCGCUCAUAAACAAUCUUCACUUCCAUGGCUGUACAAUUCAUCAACUAGCAUCUGGAGCCCUACAAUCUGCUGUCGCGAAGCUUAACAUAUCACAUACAAAAAUUGAUAAAGUAGAGACAGGCGCUAUAAAUUCAACUGUAGUAUCAGUUGAUAUUUCGUACUGUACUUUUCACACAUUUAAAGAACGAGGAUUUGAACUAUCAUCGUGGAAUAAACUAUAUAUGAUUGGAAACUCUUUUGACGAGUUAGCCCCUAAUGCUAUCGUCGGCCCAAGUGGAAGUAUCCACGAAGUAGCAUUUAAAGAUAACGAAAUAGAAGCAAUGAAUCCUGGAAGUCUAGACUUUUUAGGUAAAGCUUUUACAAAAUACGGAAUGUAUAUAGAUUAUAAAAAUAAUUUUUAUGGGCAACCGUGUUUCUGCAAUAUGUCAUCAUGGUUUGCAAGUGGUCUUGGGUCGGAAUCUGGUGAGCCAUUUAUAGAUGAAAGUUAUUGUACUGUUGAUGAAUUUUUCGCUAGGUGUUUUAAUGUUUUUGAUCAGAAUAUGCCAUUUAGCAAGUUUUCACGACAUGUUUGUAACGAUAAAAUGAGUAUUAAAUGUGAAUCUCAUAAUGCUCAUGGUGAAGGUGCAGCGACCGAGAUUAAAAAUCCAAGAUUUCCACAUAAAAAGGAGGAAGAUGAUGAAGAUGGAAUAAGUGAUCGUAACAAAAAAGUUAUUGGUAUAGUUAUAGUUACUACUAUUGGAUGUAUACUUAUUGCACUAUUUAUAAGUUUCAUUAAGUGGAUGCGACGCAGAGGACAUUGUUUAAAUUUGAAAGAUCUCUUUAGAAAUUCGCAUUCCUCGUGUGGUUUCUGUGACAGAUUAUGUGUAUGUGGGAAUAAUGGUCUCGAUAAUGCAGCAUCGAUAUCACAAUUAUCCGUCAAUGAGUACUCUGAACGACAUCGUUUAAAUGAGCCACGUGUCCAAGACAUGAUUCAAGAAACAACAAUACCGGCAGCACAGAAUGUAGACGAUAUCGUACCUUGUGAAGAUAAAACCACGCAAACCCUUCCAGAAGAAUUAACUAAGGAACUUUUAGAAAAUCUAAAGGAAAAAUUGGAAGAUCCCGAGAAUUAUGUAGAGGCUCGUGAAAUGAUUGAACAUCUCUACGAACUGAUUAAAGUGGAAGAAAGCUGCAAUACUAACAGCCCCACUGCAACCAAACUUGAAGAAAAUAUAUAUGAAUUACCCUUCCAAAAUACCUCACCACGUGUGGGUAAGAAUAAAAAACAAAUGAUAAGUGUUGGUACUCGAGCUCCAUCUCUAGAUAAACUCACACCUUUAUCUCCAUAUAAUAGGCAUCCAGCACUGUCCCAUGAAUACUUCGAGCCCAAAGACUUAGCUGUGCAUUUGUAUGCUGAGAUAGUGAACAAUGAUAAAGAAAAGAAAAGCUUGCUGGGCUCUAUGCCCGAUGUUAUUGCAGAACAAGCAAUACCUCGUGGACCAUAUUUACGUGCUGUUCGCGAAAAAAUGUCUUCGAGUGUGCCAACUUCCCCGCAAAAACCAUUUAACACGUCCUUCGGCAGCCCUCAACAAACUUCAACGAUGAAAUCCAACAAAUCGACUAAUUCUAAUAAUUCAGGCAAGAUGAUAAACAGGCCUCUACCAGAAAAACCAGCUACCAUCAAUGACCCGGGCGAGGGCACGUCUUUUCGAACCGGAUGAGAUACGGCCAAAUUUGAGAUAGAAUCUGGACCUGAUAAAGGAAAACGACAGAAACGUUCCAAAAAGCGCAAAGGUCUGACUUUAGUACCGGAUACUGAGGAUAUGGACUUCUAUUUAUCUCUUGAUCCUUGCGUCACGGGAUAACUUGAAACUGAGUAGGUACCAGAAGAUAUGCGCCAUAGUCGCUUACACGUUUCUUUGCUGUGAUAUUAAUUUUUUGUUUGUUUUUAUUAUUAUUUUAUUUCAAUACAAGAGAUUUGUACUAUGCCAGAUGUGAAUGUAUUUGUAAAUAAUUGUUCAUGUGUAAUAAUUAAGCUUUAAGUUUAAAGUAAUAUAUCGUGCCACAUUAUUUAAACUUUUAGAAAGGAGAUGCUUGUAUAAAUUCUAAGAAUGCCGCUUAUCGCACAAUUAGAGAAAUGAUCUUCUAUGUACUGUAUAUAUUUAUUUGAUGUUAGAUGUGUUUUAAAUUUAGACAAAAAAAUAUACGUGUUAUGUGUACCAAAUAACAGUUACCCACUGACUUGUAUUAAAAGUUAAAUUUAAAAGACAAUAAAUACAUUGAGUGUGAAAGCAUUUAAACAAAUUGAUAAGUAGUGAGGUAGCGCUGUUUAGUAAUUAAGUAAGUAGCAUAUCUGCCCACUUACAUUACGGUUCUAUCUUUAUCGUCCAAAGGUUAGUGAGAGGUUUUAACAAAGUUUCUUACUUAAGACAAUUGUUUAACAUUAAACCCUAAUCAUACUGUUAUUAUUACUACAUUAUAAUUCUAUUUUCUAUAAACAUAUAUAUAUAAAUCUUUCGUAACUAAAUGAGCUUCUAUAUACCUAUUUAUGUAUAUUUUAAAAAGUAUAUCUAUACAUUGUGCUCAAAUUCCUUUAAAACAUAUUUUAAUAACGUUUACAUGUUUAAAAUUUCGUCUAUCAAAUCUAUAUAUUUGAAAAUAGGAGAAAAAUCUCAAUGUAGUACUUUUACUCGUAUUUAAUGUUUUAUAAUAUUUAUAUCUAUAAUUAGUAAGAUUGUUAUUUAUGAGUAAAUAGCGAGUAGAUGUCUAUUAUUAUAUAUACAUUGGCUGUUAGAAAUUGUAACUGUUCCUCGAAUUACCUAUAAGGUAAAUCAAUUUGUAGAGUGGUGUAGAGGUGUUGCUAUGUUGAAAUGUUAGUAUGUAAUAAUAUUCUAAUUUAUUUGCAUUUAAAUAUUUUACAAAUUGUAGUAAAUAUGAACACCGCGAGUCAAUUCGCCCCUUGUGUUCAUUUUAAAUCGUGUUGCAUCUUGAUUUUCAUUUAAUACUUAUAGAUGUAUAGUUUGGUCUUUGUAAUAUAGUAAAUUGACUGUCUACAUGUUAUUCCAAUUCAAAUAAAUACGAAAUAAAUGUUGAAUGUGC